AUGGUGUGGCCGUUUGGAUCGCGAAUCUCGACAUCAGAAGACUCCAAGGACGAAGCUGAAUCGACAAAACGCCCGGUGUCAUGGUCUGAAUCUCUAGGACGAGCCGAGGCUGAUCCCUUGGGUGCGGCAAAAGAAUGGGCGCCAGUUGUAGGGUUCUCUCUCGUUGGACUGGGCGCCUUGCAACUCUACGCAAAUUAUCUUCGCCGGAUUCCGGGUGCAGCCUUUAUUCGCCCAUCUUUUUUCCGAACCCGAAGCCUGUUUGGCAGGGUCACGGGUGUUGGUGAUGGUGAUGGCUUCCAUCUCUUUCACACACCGGGUGGUAAAGCCGUAGGCUGGGGGUGGCUGAGAAAGGUUCCUGAAACCAGAAAGGAACUCAAGGACCGAACAAUAUCGGUCCGUAUUGCUGGCGUCGAUGCCCCGGAAGGAGCGCAUUUUGGACGGCCAGCGCAGCCAUUUGCCGCCGAAGCGCAGAAGUGGUUAUCGGACUAUAUCCUACACCGGAACGUGCGGGCAUAUAUCUACAAGCGCGACCAGUACAAUCGUAUUGUUGCGACGGUCUACGUUCGUCGGUUUCUUAUACGCAGAAAUGUUGGCUUAGAAUUGGUUAAACGUGGCCUAGCUACAACAUACGAAGCAAAAUCGGGUGGCGAAUACGGCGGACUGAAGGCUGUAUAUGAAAGGGCCGAAGCCAAGGCGAAGAGGAAGCGGAAGGGCAUGUGGUCUGGAAAAGCGGGCGCAUUUGAAAGCCCUAGGGAGUACAAGUCUCGGUAUCAAGGGCAGGAAAAACCGAAUGAGUAA